ACUCCAAAAUGUCAACUCCUGCACAUCCUAGUCCGUACAUCCCCAAAUCCUAUAUUACAUUACACCCAACUUCUACUAAUCUCACUCGCCACCAUCCUCAAAUCAAUGGCUGCACCUGCACUCCCAGUCUUCAUCUUCUCCAUAUUCCUUACAGUUGCCAUAGCCAAUGCUCUUUCCAGCUCCACCAAUUUAAACACCGAACUCCAGGCCCUGGAGUCCUUCAAAACCUCCAUCACCAGCGACCCCUCAGGCAUUCUCACCGCCUGGAACAUCACCACCAACGGCUCUCAACGCUGCAACUGGCCUGGAAUCUCAUGCCACCCCUUGUCAGGCCACGUCAUCGCCAUUUCCCUCCCCGACAAGAACCUCCAUGGCCAAAUCUCCCCAUUCCUCGGCAACCUGUCCUUCCUCCAGCUCCUCGACUUAUCCCUCAACUCAUUCUCUGGAAACAUUCCUGCCCAGCUUUCGUCCUGCUCCCGCCUCACCGAUCUUAUUCUUUACUCCAAUUCCCUCUCCGGCACCAUCCCCGGCGACCUCGGCCGCCUCCGGAAUCUUCAGACACUCGACUUGGGGGCUAACUUCCUGUCGGGAACUAUUCCCGACUCCCUCUGCAACUGCACUUCGUUAUUACAGCUCGGAUUGAUCCAGAAUAACCUGACAGGCCCGAUUCCGGCGAACGUCGGCGACCUGACGAGCCUCCAAAUCUUCGUGGCUUACCGGAAUUCCUUACGGGGAUCCAUCCCGGCCUCCGUCGGAAAGUUGAGAGAACUCCAGAGCUUCGAUCUCAGCGAAAACCAGCUCUCCGGCGAGAUUCCGCCGGAGAUCGGAAACCUGUCGAACGUCGAAAUUCUCCAGCUACAUAUGAAUUUUCUCUCCGGCGGUAUCCCGCCGGAGAUCGGUCGGUGUAAGAAGAUGUACCGCCUGAAUUUAUUCAUCAAUCGUCUAUCCGGCAGCAUUCCGUUCGAGAUCGGAAACCUGGUGAAUUUACAGGCCCUGAGAUUGUACAAAAAUAGGCUGAAUUCCACGAUCCCUGAAUCGCUGUUCAACCUUAAAUCCCUCACACAUUUGGGGCUUUCCGAGAACAAUUUGGACGGUCCGAUUUCCUCCAAGAUCUCCCUUCUGAAAUCUCUUCAAGUUCUAACUCUCCACAGCAACAAUUUCAGCGGAAACCUUCCUUCCGCCAUAACCAAACUGAGAAAUUUAACCUACCUUUCCUUAGGCUUCAAUUCCUUCACAGGUUCUCUUCCAACAGACAUCGGUUUCCUCUCCAAUCUCAAGAACCUGACGGCGAACAACAAUCUCCUCGAAGGAUCCAUUCCGGCGAGCAUCGUAAACUGCACAGGACUUCUUGACAUAGUCUUGACGUAUAAUCGAAUCACCGGUCGAAUCCCCCGGGGACUCGGCCGGCUGUCCAACCUGACGUUCAUGUCAUUAGGGAGGAACCGAAUCUCCGGUGACAUUCCCGACGAUCUUUACGACUGCGCCGAGCUUCGAGUGCUCGACAUUAGUCACAACAACUUGACCGGCUCCCUUAAGCCGUACAUCGGCAAUCUCCGAAAGCUUAGAACUUUGAGGGCGACGAAUAAUUCGAUCUCAGGAUCUGUUCCUAAGGAGAUUGGUAAUCUGACUGAGCUUGUGUAUUUGGAGAUUAAUAUGAAUCGAUUUUCAGGUCAGAUUCCAUGGGAGUUGUCGAAGCUUUCGUCUCUCCAGGGCCUGUCCCUCGGCGACAACGAGCUCGAAGGUGUGAUCCCUGGAGAGCUUUCUCAGCUUAAACAACUAACAGAGCUUUUGAUGCAGAACAACAAGCUGACAGGGACGAUCCCGGAGAGUAUUUCCAGGCUCGAAUCUCUCUCUGUUUUGAAUCUCAGUCAAAACAGGCUCAACGGAUCGAUGCCGGAAAGAUUAAGUCGCCUUGUCCGUCUCACAACCUUCGAUCUUUCACACAACCUCUUCACCGGACAUGUUCCGCGAUCGAUGAUUGCAGCCGUGAAGAACCUGCAGAUCUACCUUAAUCUUUCCAACAAUGUCCUGUCCGGGACGAUCCCGAAGGAAAUCGGGAUGUUAGAAAUGGCGCAGGCGAUCGACAUUUCGAACAACAACCUGUCGGGAUCCAUCCCCGCGACGCUGAAAGGCUGCAGAAAUUUGAUUUCUUUAGACCUGUCCGCGAACAGUCUCUCCGGUCGAAUCCCCGCCGAGAUCUUUCCUCAGCUUACCGAGCUCGUCAGCCUCAACCUGUCGAAGAAUCAGUUAUCCGAUGAACUCCCCGACACGCUAUCGAGCUCGAAGCAUCUCGCCAUUGUCGAUCUGUCGCAAAACAAGCUAACAGGCGCCAUUCCGGGGAGCUUUGCUACAAUACCAGGCCUGAAACAUCUCAACCUUUCGUUCAAUCUCCUCCACGGCCGUGUUCCGGCUGCCGGCGUGUUUGCGACGAUGAGCUCGACCAGUUUGCAGGGAAAUCGAGACCUUUGCGGAACAAACUACCUGCGAAAAUGUUCGAGCAAGAGCAACUUUACACUGCAAAUCCUCUCUUCAGUAGGAUGUGUGCUGAUACUCAUCACAUUGCUAUCCGCAUUCUUCUUUACUCGCGAAAGGAGGAAGAAUCGACGAAAGAACAGCCUCAGGGAUUCGAAGCUCGAGCCUGUCACCGCGACUGUGCUCGAAAGAUUCGACACAGCUGAAAUUGUAGCUGCUACAAAUUCCUUCAGCCAUGGCAACAUCAUAGGCUCCAGCAGCUUGAGCACAGUCUACAAAGGUACAAUCAGAGACGGGCGGGAGGUCGCCGUGAAGAAACUGAAUCUGAACCGGCUCGCGGCGAACGACAUCGACAAGAUCUUCUACCGAGAAAUCAAUACGUUAGGACAGCUACGCCACAAGAACCUCGUUAAAGUGAUCGGUUACGCGUGGGAGAGCCGGAAGCUGAAAGCGCUCGUCUUGGAGUUCAUGGAGAACGGAAACUUAGAGGAUGCGAUACACGGUGCAGGCGCGAAUCGCUACGAAUGGACAUUGGCACGACGCCUCGACGCUUUAGUAUCGAUCGCUAACGCGUUGGUUUACUUGCAUUCGGGUUUCGACUUCCCCAUCGCGCACUGCGACCUGAAGCCGUCGAACGUUCUUCUCGAUGCGAACAUGGAGGCUCGUGUUAGCGACUUCGGGACAUCGAGGAUUCUCGGAGUUCAUCUCGAUGAUCGAAGCAGCGUCGCAUCUUUGUCGAUGUUCGAAGGAACCAUCGGUUACAUGGCUCCAGAGUUCGCGUACAUGACGAAGGCGACGACGAAAGUAGACGUCUUCAGCUUUGGCGUGAUGAUGAUGGAGAUAACGACGAAGAGAAGACCGACAGGAGUCACCGGAGAAGACGGGGCCUCCAUCACUUUACCUCAGUUCAUCGAUCAAGCGAUUCGCGAGAUCGACGGCGUGAACUCUCUUUUAGACCCUUAUUUAAUCUUGAACGUUUCGAAGAACGAAGAAGUUUUCGAAGCAAUUCUUCGCUUGGCGUUGUCAUGCACAAGCGUCGAUCCUGAUAAUCGACCAGACAUGGAGCAAGUGUUGUAUGCUCUUUUGAAGAUUCGUCGCAUGGCCUGAGGCUAUCCAAGUGUUCGAUUCUUUCGUUCAACGCAGAUAAGAUACUGUUUCGCGUAAAGGAAAUGAACAUGAGCUAAUUGUAUUGAGACCCUUGGCUGAUGAAGCUCUUAGCCAUACAAGAUUUUUCGACAACGACGCGGCUUUCGCCGGCAAUUUCGAUCUUACA